AUGGCAUACGAAGGCGCUAUUGGCAUUGACCUAGGCACGACGUACUCGUGCGUGGGCGUGUGGCAGAAUGAGCGCGUGGAGAUCAUCGCGAACGACCAAGGUAACCGCACGACGCCGUCCUACGUGGCCUUCACCGAUACGGAGCGCCUCAUUGGUGACGCGGCGAAGAACCAGGUGGCGAUGAACCCGCACAACACCGUGUUCGACGCGAAGCGCCUCAUUGGCCGCAAGUUCAGCGACUCUGUGGUGCAGGCGGACAUGAAGCACUGGCCCUUCAAGGUCAUCACGAAGGGCGAUGAGAAG